UCUAACCACCGGCAGGUGGGGUACAUGGGAACACUCUGGGCUCAGCUAGAGGUUGCUCCCUGGAGGUCCAUUAGCUCUGCCUGCCCGAUGCCUGAAGCCAGCAUCUUGCAGGGAGGGGAGGGUGUGGGCCCUUGAACUGUCACCAACACGCAGAUGUUUUCAUCAGUCAAAGGAGGGCGAAGGUUAGUGUUUAGAGCAGAGAAACUACUUUGAUACCCAAUUUACUCGCCAAAAAUGGCUGUUACUUCUUAGGUUUAAAUAUCUUUGUGAAGUUCAUAGAUUAAAUUCUCUGUGCGUUACUCAUGUGCUAUUACCUAAAUUUAUGAAAUCUAGUGUUUAGUUUUAAAAUCAGUCAGUUGCUAAAAGAAGCAAGAAUGUUUAAGUUUCAACAAAUAGGUUAUUACCGAAAAGAUAAACAGUACCCAGUACAAUCCUUUUAAACCCAAAAAAGUUUUGUACCAGCAGGUGAAGAAACGCAGUUAAACUGGAAACUCCGGUAAAAGCAUGCUCAAUGGGGCUGACUCAUUGCCAAAGUGAAGGAGAAAAGGGCCAGCAAAAAAAUGGUUAAUGCUGGCCAGGAGAGGAGGCGCCCAGCCCUGAAGGAGGCUCGGGAGGGGCCUGGGAGCCUAUAAAACCCCAGCACGAAGGGAGGGUGCAGACCCAGGAGCAGAAUCACACUCUGAGGGUGGCCUGUCACACCACUCUCCCUGCAGCGGCCAGGGUCUUUCUCCUCCUGCUGUUCCCAAGAUGCUCCAGGAUCACCCUACAGGCUGAGUUCACCCGCCAGUCCAGAUCCCCCUCGCUGGGAAGCCACAGAUGCACCUGCAUUCUGGCAUGGGCAAGCCCCCCAAGGCUGCCUGGGGCCCCAUGACCAUGAGCACGGGCUGCCAGGGGCCAGUACGAAGCGGCGAUGGGCACCAAACAGGUCCCCAGGCAACGAGGAAGCCCUGAAGGGCAGCUCCAGACAAGGCGGCUAGAGGUCACCAGGAACAGGUCACCAAAGAGCAUUGAAGGCACCAUGGUCAGCUAUCAGCUAAGGUCUUUCCACUGGGAUGUCAACCGCCACAUCCAGUUUUCCAACUUCCUGCAAUUAACAAGCCCAGAUAGUUACACACUCCACUUGUGCCAAGUUUUUCUUGAUUUCACAAACGUCUGACUGGCUUCCAAAAGCAGCACCUUUCUUUCUAGAGAUGGAUUUGUUGCCUAAGACGGAUUUCUCUGCACCUUUUGGUCAGUCCUGAGAGUCCCGUGGUGCAGAGACACAGACAUGGAGGGCUAUCUGGGCACCACACAGCCUGUCACCCCCAACGACACCCUCAUGGACCUGGGCGAGGCACGCUUGCUGGACGGUGCGGCCCUGGCGAACCACACCCGUGCCCUGCAGGAGCACCAGCAGUACGUCAUCGGCCUCUUUCUCUCCUGUCUCUACACCAUCUUCCUCUUCCCCAUCGGCUUCGUAGGCAACAUCCUGAUCCUGGUGGUAAACAUCAGCUUCCGCGAGAAGAUGACCAUCCCUGACCUAUACUUCAUCAACCUGGCUGCUGCUGACCUCAUCCUGGUGGCCGACUCGCUCAUCGAGGUGUUCAAUCUGGACGAGCAGUACUACGACAUCACUGUGCUCUGCACCUUUAUGUCACUCUUCCUGCAGAUCAACAUGUACAGCAGCAUCUUCUUCCUCACCUGGAUGAGCUUCGACCGCUACAUUGCCCUGGCCCGGGCCAUGCGCGCCAGCCUCUUCCGCACCAAGCAGCACGCGCGGCUGAGCUGCGGCCUCAUCUGGCUGGCCUCGGCCUCAGCCACGCUGGUGCCCUUCACAGCCGUGCACCUGCAGCACACCAAGGAGGCCUGUUUCUGCUUUGCCGACGUGAGGGAGGUCCAGUGGCUGGAGGUCACCCUAGGCUUCCUCGUGCCCUUGGCCAUCAUUGGCCUCUGCUACUCGCUCAUUGCACGGGUGCUUGUGGGUGCACACCGGCACCGCGGCCUGCGGCCCCGGCGACAGAAGGCGCUGCGCAUGAUCUUUGCAGUGGUCCUCGUCUUCUUCAUCUGCUGGCUGCCAGAGAAUGUCUUCAUUUGCGUGCACCUGCUGCAGCGUCCGCAGCCAGGAGCAUCCUCCUGCAAGCAGUCUUUCCGCCAUGCCUACCCCCUGACCGGCCACAUCGUCAACCUUGCGGCCUUCUCCAACAGCUGCCUGAACCCCCUCAUUUACAGCUUUCUCGGGGAGACCUUCAGGGACAAGCUGAGGCUGUACAUCGAGCAGAAGACAAACAUGUCGGCCCUGAACCGUUUCUGCCAUGCCGCCCUGAAGUCGGUGAUGCCGGACAGCACGGAGCCAUCAGAUGUAAAGUUCAGCAGUGCAGUGUGAAGGGCGAGAGGGCUCCCCCAAGAUGCACCUGUGCACAAUAGGAAUGUGCAGGUGGCUGGGCCAGGUGGGCAGGCGGGCAGGUGAUACUUACUGCUGCCCCCUUGGUCCGAGCACCCUGGGACUCCGCAGUGCCUUGGCCACGGCCAUGCAGCUGGCCACCCUCAGUCACUAGAGAAAUUGUAUGCAGGCUCUCUCGGCUCUGCACUGCCUGGCCACUGGCUGCUUUCACCCACAGAGGCUGGCACGGAGGUCAUCUGAACCUGGCAAAGAGCCACCGAAUGUCUGCUGGCCCUCUGCUCUUGUCCGCACGAUCGGCAUCCCUAAGUCAUAGGGGUACUGCUGACCAGCAAAGACAGAGGAGGGAGGAGGUGCCUGAAUGAAAUCACCAUGAAUCUGCCAUCUUGGGGGAAAAGCAAAGUCUGGAGACAGAAGACGCUCAGAGGCAUAACAGUGUAUUUUCCAUGUUUGUGGUUUGUACCUUACUAUGUACAUGCUGACAAGCUUACUAUUAAAAAGGAAGAGAGAACGGCC